UUAGGCUUUAACCAACCAAUUGCUUGGGUAUCGACUAGAUAGACUACUAAUUCCAUAGUCGGGCUAUUAUACUCUCCCACUCCAACGACUGGCUGAGACUGCCCCACGAUAUUUAGCUGUCGAUCGGCAUUCUUCCUUUCUUCAUUGGUGGUUAUUUUCCCCUUCCCCUCCGCCAGCUGGUGCAUUUCAUUAUUCAACUACUCCGUUUUUGUAUCCUCGUUUCCUUGCAAUAUCAAACAAAAACAAUCAUUGUUGUUUCCACAGCCACGCCUCCCCCACACCAUAACCACCACCACCACCACCACCACCAACACCCAUUCUAUCUAUUCCUCCUUCUCCUAAACAAUGACGCACCGCAGCACCGCAGAGGAAAUGGACAGGCUUCAGUUGUCUGAUGAUGACUCUGAUGACCUUUGGGAUUCCCCCUCCAAACGCGGAAAUAAAAUGCUACACCACAGAGCCGUGAAGGAAGAAAGCAUGUCGCCAGAACCCACCAUUACCCAUGACGGAGGGGAAACUCUGUUUGACCGUCAGGAGGCGCGGGAAGCCGCGUUGCGCAGUGAAUUGGAGAGCGUCCGCAAGAUCAACCAAGUCAUUGAGGGGCUGCUAGGAAGCCUGGAUUGUGCCAAGGAGAACAUGGGGACUGUCUCGCGCACCAUUGACUCCGCUUCCACCUUGCUCCAAACCUGGACGCGAAUCCUCUCCCAGACCGAACACAACCAGCGGUUAAUCCUCAAUCCUAAUUGGCAAGGCGCCGUUCAAGAUGUGGCCGACAUGGAGAACGAAGAAAUCCUACGGCAACAGGCAGCAGAGAGACGCGAACGGGAACUCCAGCAGCAAAGGGAAGCUGCUGCCCGGAAGGCUGAAGAAGACCAGCGCAAGAGAGCGCUGGCUGCGGGCACCCGCACUGCGCGUGGGACGACCACUCGUGGACGGGUGCACUACCAGGACUACCACAUCUUCAACAUCCAAGCCAUCGACAACCUCCACGACGCGUAG